AUGUCCAGAGAGAAUGAAUUAUUUUCAGCAGCGAUCGACAUGAAUCGGAAGCAACAUGUGCUACAGGACCGACGAUUGGCACUUAAACGCAUCGCUCGUGAAUCCGAAACAUACGAGAUUGGGACGCAAUACCAUCGAAAUGUCAUUGGUGAGCUCUUGUCUGAGAUCAGUCGCUUGCGCAAUGGACAACCAGUCUAUACCGAGGAUGAAGACCAGCUUCCUAUUGAUGCUAUCAAUGCAAUGACCGGUAAUUACCAAUGCCUGCAACGCGAUGAAGCCCUUCAUAGGGGCGAAUCCCCGAUACCCAUUCUUUGGCGAACAUGA